CGCGAUUUUCCAUUAAUCCCCCUUGGCUCUUGAUAAUGAGGAUGCAUACACUCCAAACGUUGCCUCCUAAUGUACUUUUUCGGUCUGGUUUAUCUGAGAGCAGAACCGGUUGGCUUUUCUUCUUCUAUGACAUGCACGUAUAUACUCAUAUAAAAGGUAUAAAAACUGUAUUGAGCCGGCUUUCCUACCUGAACAGUUCUGAGACUUCAGAGGGGGUUUCGAUAUCGCGUCUCAAUAUUUCAGCCCUUAUUUCAUCCGUGGCCCGACAAAUGUUGAUGAUCCGUUGUACUCUUUCGCCGCUACCAACGGCUAUGUGGCUUCCCAUAGGGCCGCAUUACCCCUGUACAAGGACAAAUACUCCUCGACGGCCCGUGCCAACCCGACUAAGAUGCAUCAGUCUGACAUCAUCGUGGUUAUCCGUAGGUGCUCUCAGUAUUGCAGAUCCAACACCCACAAGAUGCAGGAAGAGUUGGCAAAUGGAUUCGAACGACAUCAUAGGGAUGGGAUUCCGUCCUCGUUUCCUCUAAUUCCGACUCCAAUCUCCCACUUCAGAUUCAUCAAAACUGGUUGCUUCUCCAGACCAGCUCUGUGUUCAGCUCAGUGCUCA